GGCGGGAAUGUGGGCGAGCCUAGGGGUCAAGGCAGCCGGAGCUGCCGCCUCAGUCCGCCCGCUUCGCUGGAUGAGCGGGAAGCAGCUGGCGAAGCAGCCUGGGGGCGGCGGCUGCCAUGAACGGACCAGGCGAGACACGGCUGACGGGAGCGGAGGAAGGAGCUGAGGUAAACAGCCUUCCCGCGCCUGGCAAACUUCGGUUUCAAGGGCGGCAGCAGCCGAGUGGUCCGGGCGGGAAGAAGCCCACCGUCGGGAAGCAGUUCUACCCGUGUUACUCGGAAGUCCUCCCGUGUUCCUUGGAGGACUUGUUCCCGAGUCAGUGUGUUAAGGGGAGGCUUCCCGCCCCGGUCUUUGAGGGCUGCAGGUGAGCACACGGCUUGGCUCCUCUUGCUCACAGGUAGCGGGAUCCAGCCUGGCUUGACUGCAGCCCAGAUAGCUCCCUCGGUUAGAGGCGGGCGCUGAGAAUGCCGAGGUGGCCAGUUCCACCCCGGUGUGGGGCAGCUGCGUGUUCCUGCAUUGCAGGGGGUUGGGCUGGAUGAUCCUCGGGGUCCCUUCCAACGCGAUGAUUCUAUGACGCUCAACUUUGCAGAGCGCGCGUGUGAAUUUAAAACUCUCGGAUGAAUGGAGGUGGCCACCGGAUUGCAGCCUCUUAUCUGAGACUAAGCUCCAGUAGUGCUGAGAGUUAGCUCAGUGGCAGAGCGAGCCCAUCCUGGGAAAAGCUGCGGGCAGGAUCCCUGCAUUGCAGAGGGCUGGGCUGGAUGACCCUCGGGGUCCUUUCCAGCUCUGCCAUUCUGUGAUCUGCUUUGCAUGCAUGGAGAGCUUGCCAGUCAGUGCAGGCAACACUAGAUGGAUCAAUGGUCCGGCUCCGUAAAGGCUGCUUUGUGAGAGAUGCGGAACACUGUCUCUGCACAUUAGUGUUUGCCACUUCUCCUGUUUCUCGUCCCCAUUUCCCACCCGCAAACCCGGUUAAUUUCUCUCUGCCCCCUCCAGCUUCCUUUCCCCAUAACUUAUUGCCAUCUGUUCUUCGACAACCUCCUACGUUUCUCAACAUCAUGAUCUUUCCAUGGUUAAUCGCUUUCUCAUCAGCCCUAUUCCUUCCCCACUGUUCAUCUCACUUCUCCAUUACUUAGCCUUUCCCCCAAGUUCUCCAUAACUUUUGUAUAGUUACACCUUUCUUAGCACGACACAACCACAGGAUUGCCGCAAUACGAUUCAGCUAGUGGAUUCCGAAUUCCUUACUCAUUUCCCCAUCUCCUCAGAAUUAUGCCCCCCUUUCCUUCUUUCCCCUUUCUUUUUAUCCUCCCUUUCCCCUCUCCAUACUAAAUGAUUCCUAUUGAUCCUUCACUCCCUCAUCAGUAACUGCCCAUGGCUUUAGCCUUCAGUUUUACCUAUUAUCUUGUGGUAUGUAUUAGUUUUUGAAAUAUUCUGAGUCUUGUAAAUUGAGCUGGUACUGGAGCAUGUCAUCCAUCCAUCUGCUUCAGAUUUCUUUCUUGAGGCUGCAAUCCUGAGCCCCCUUACCUGGGAGUAAGCUCCAUUGAUUACAUUGGGAUUUACUUAUGAGAAAACUUUCACAUGAUUGCUCUUUUCUGGCCACAUCAGUUUGGCUGGGAUUGGUGCAUACCUUCUAGGUAACCUGUCUGGUUGGUGGAAUAGCAGCUUAGAAUAUUGAUAAGAAUAUUGCUAGCAUAUGUUAUGUGCAGUGAUUUUUUCCUGGGGACAUUCAAGGGUACGCAGUACCGGCACAUUUCCCCACCCCCCCGCAAAUGUUAAAAGUGUGGCACUCAAUGUAACAACUUCAUGGUGAGUACUGGCACAUUUCUUUUCCUUUUCCUUUAAAACACUGGUUAUGUGCAAUUCAGUGGUGCUGUGUCCAGAAAUAAGAAUGUCUGUUGAAUGGCAUACCUUGGAGCUUCUUAAAAUAAUGGGUGCCUUGCAACCUGAUUGUGUAUGUGUAUGGCAAAUGACACAAAACAAAGGGUGUCUUUGAAAAUGAUAAUAGGAGAAGCUUUUGAAGCUCCUACAUAGCCAGAUCAAAUGAGAAACAACCUACAUUUCAAGAAAGGUAACCUAUGUAACUCAUCCACAGACUUCACAAGUGAUAUGUUUUAUACAGAAGCAAUCCCUGCAUAAUUACUAUUUUUAUGUUGCUGCUUUACUUGCCUUUAAUUGUUUAAGGUUGCAUGCUUGCAUACUUCAACUUAUGCUCCCCCAUAAGUUGAAAUGCUAAAAACAAAACAUUUUUUCUCUCCUUAUCAGUCAACUGUGGGCUGUAAGUUCUCUGUGCUAGGAAGCGCACCACUGCUUUCAGGACAGUGCCUGAUAUGUUCCUGGAGAGAAAUAAAUGCUUAGCACUAAGUGUAUUAGUAUCAGAACUCUCCCACUACUGAAUUGGCAAACUUGCACCUGAAUUAUAUAGUUUCCAUUGACGUCGCACUCCUAAUCAAAGCAUGUUGAGGCUUGCAUAUUAUAGUGAUUAUCUCCUGGAAGUCCGACUCUUAAACUGACCUAAUCAAAGUGGAAUCGUGUAUAUUGUAAUCAUUAUGGCCCAGAAGGGGAGCUAAUUAGUCAGAAUCUACUCAGCUGAUUGUUCUUAUUAUUUAAAUAUAGAUGGUAUCAGCUCUUCACCAGCAAUUUAUAGCUUAAAAUUCAGAAAGUUGAAUAAUAUUGCUGUAUUUUGCAAGGAAUUAUCAGGGAGUGCAUUGAGUAUGUGGGCUGAGAAAGGAGGAAGGAAUGGUUGUGCAAAUGGCCAGUCAACUCAUCAAUGAGAUUCUCCUGGGUCACUUACCCUUAUUUGGAGAAAUGCAUGACAGUGCUCAUCCAGCAUUACCAUGGGGUUUCUGUGUUUUCAUUGUGUAUUUUUUUUAAAUUACAGUAAAUACUAAAAUUGAUAUAUGUGUGUUGAUAUCUUACCACUGAUUUCAUUUUUAAAAAUUUCAAUCAAUCAAGUAUAUUCCAUAUAGUACAGUUACCUCAAGGGGAAUUUGAGAAGCAAGUUUUAGAAAUAAAUAAGUAAAUAAAUUUGGCAUCAUUCUCUCCGUUUUCCUACAACUGUAAAGCAUGGUGUUUCUCCUGCAUUUAUAUAUGCUUUUGAAAAUGUAUAUUUUGCAGUACAUACUCAGACCCCUAAAUAGGCUCUAGGAAAUAAAUUUGGUCUACUGUGCUUUUACCUCAGUUUCCCAGAAGUUUUAUUGAUGAAUGAGGAGCAGGGUGUUGUGGUGGAUGGCUUCUUUUUUAAGCAAAUUCUUUUCCUGUGGGAAUGGUUGCUGUGAUAGUGUUCUAAUCCCCUUCAUCUCCCAAGGCAGUGUAUAAUGUUAUAGGUAUUGGGUGCCAGAGUUUGUGGGUGCAAGGCACCCAUGCUCCCUAGAUUUAGUAAAUGUUAGAAUUUAACAAGAGAAGGUGCCAGAUGUUUGAUUUAGCAGUGCUAAAAGACAGGCUAAAUGAGUUUUUUUCUGAUCAAGAGAUAACUUGGCAGUAGAGCCAUCAUGUAAAACAGAAGGAAGAUAAUGGGUGAUUAACAAAGCAGUUACUCUCUGCCAAAGAGGGGUGGAAACCAAAUCCAAAUCCAAACUCUUCUUCAGCUUUGUGUUAGUGAGCAGAGAAAAGAAAGGUUUUAGGAUUUCAGUUUGCUUGAUGUAGGCUGGGGAGAAAUCCUUUCAGUCUGAUAGCUGCAACAAGGAAGGGCAAAGAGCACCAUGUGGACUGACAAGGACAGGCUUUAACAAAGAGAGAGAGAGCAUGGCUGAUUUCCCUGUUCUUGGACCCAAGCCUGCUGUGCCUAUAGGGGAAGCAAGAGACCCUCCUGGAAUGUGAAUGCUCUGCACUCCUUCCUUCUAAACUCAGGUUAUAUAUAUGUGUAAAUAAACCAUAUAUCAUAAAGACGCCGCAGUCUCCACUGUGCCCCAUAGUCCAAAAGGAAACACAGACCCUGGAUAAAGUGUGCCUGCAACCCCUGGAAUCUCACACCACUCGUGGAGAUUGGGGUGAUGUGUAACAAUAUAGUAUGAUACCUCUUGCAUGGUCAUUUGGUGACUGGAGGCUCUAAGAGCAUCCUAUGAAGGGACUAUGUAAAUACAACUGUAUGUAUGUUAUGUAGUCUACUGGAAAGGUAGACUUAUGCAUUUAUGCACAUGCAUAAAUGCAAAUCAUAUUUAUUCUCUCAUUUGUUCACACCCUCAUGUGUAGGAUGCACACUAAGCACUGCAUAAACCAUGUUAAGUGUCUUCAGAGGUUGUGUUAACCUUUAAGGUGCCCCAAGGCUCGUUGAAUGUUUUGCUGCAAAAUACUAACAAACUUAUUGUAGCAUAAGCUUUCAUGGACUUAAGCCCACCCCGUACAUCUGAUGAAGUGGGCUUAGGUCCACAACAACUUAUGCCAUAAUAAAUAUGUUAGUCUUUAAGGUGCCACAGGACUCAUUGAUUGAUCUGUGUGGUGGGAGAGACAGCAUGGCACAUUUUGUUCAGUUGCAUCCACAGGAAACCUGUUGAAUAGAAUACCUCUACUCAAUGGAUAUGUCAUAUAUGUUUUUGCCAUGGGUAAGCAGGUUAAUUAAUUGUUAGGAGUUUUGGACAAUGUGAAUUAUUCUGAAAGAUUCAAUAAAAAAUGUGUUCAGUAUUGCAGAACUUUUACUCAGCCCAAUAGGGUCACCAUUAUGGUCUAGUUUCAGCUCCUAGAUUAGCUGAAUUAUUUAGACCUGCAACUUUACUGCAUGUAUUAAACAAUCCCCUUAUGCCUCAGCAGAUGUAUGGUAGUAUUUCAAUGUAUUGUUUAAGGUAAGAUUAAGUCCUAGUUUUAUACCCUGAGAGAUCAUACAUAUAAAUAUAAACAAGAAAUACAUGAUUGGGAGCCAAUCAAUCAAAGCAGAACAUGCUCACAUACGCUGAUUCUUCAAGGAACCCUUGGCUAUUCAAGAUGUGUACUACAAAUGCAGUAGAAUGCACUCCAAUAUAUCAGCACACCAUUAUUUAUAUGAAAAUUGUUUUUUAUUCUAUUUCCCCUGUCUCUAUGUUCUCAAUAUAUGUAGGUGUUUGAGCAGCAUGAGCAGCCCAAAGUUUCCCAAAUACUGAUUUCUGCCAACUAAUAAUAGAUAUAUUUUUUUUAAAAAAGUCUCAUCCAGCUAAUAUCCAUGAAGACACAGUCUUGUUGAACACACAUUAACUGUUGAUCCCAUUUAGUCAUAAUAUAAGCUGGGUUCAACCAUCACUAUGAAUAAUUCAAGUAUAGUUUUGAGGCUCAUGGUAAUUUUUUGCAAGAUGAAAAGUGUGGUGAAAUUCUUCUAAUUAUAUAGAAGAACUGUAUUCCACCUUUAAAGUAUUUCAGAUUGUUUUCAAUUUACAUUUUCAAACCCUUAUGAUUUACUUAACAUGACAUAAGCUUGCAAACAUGGUUAUGCAGGGGUGGAUCCAGACUUGCCCUUUGAGUGCAAGGGCUUCAUCUGUUCAUUGAAAAGGAUGCUCAAGCUCCUGGUGGAUGAAGGAGAGAUUUAUGUCAAUUUUGGCAACUUUCCACCUGCAGCUCUGCUCAUCAUUUCCCACCCUGCCCCCAAACCUUUGGAACAGAUUUUGGGAAUUGCAGGGGAUGCGAAGAGGAGGGGGAACUGGAACACGACCUCCCUGCUUCCUCCAACAGGUAGUGUCUUAUGGGUUGGGGAUUCAACCCAAAGUCUAGGUAUGAUAAUAUUGCCAAGCACUUCACUGACUAGUAGUAAGUCCAAGGAUAAUGCUACAGAGUUUAGUUUUGCCUAGAUGAAUGAGAACACUGUAGACUUAGGUUAUCUUUGUAUUACUUAUUUUAUUUACAAAGGUGAACAGGUCAUAGUAAAAGUAAAUAAAAUCAUUCAGCUACUGAUUUUGCAUCAGAAUCCCAAAGGCAGCAGUGUUUUGCCCACUUCCCCGCUUCCCUCAAAAACUACUGCUAGUUCAGCUAAGCUCACAGUUAUAAACCUCAUAUAUCUUCCUUUGCAUUCAGAGUCAUACAGCAAAGACUCCAAUUGGCCUCCCUGCCACUUUCCAAAUUUGGGAGGAUUCCCAAGACUGGAAACAAAUUCCAGCCACGAAACUUCUCAUUUGUGCCUGACUGAUGUGUGACCAAUCUUGUGAGACAAAGCCAUCAGGCAGAUGUAUUCACAACGAGACAGUUAAACAUAAUAUGUUUUCGAUUUUGACUUCUAUUACAUGAUCGCUCAUUGAAAUAGUGUUUUGUGAGUUGUUUUUUUAAAAAUGUCACAGAUUAGGUUCAGGAUAGUUUUUUCUUUUUUCUUUUUAAAGCAAGCUAAAGGUUUACUUGUAUAAUCAGACUCUCUGCAUUAGUGAAAUGUGAAUAUUGGGGAAAAUAAAAUUUACAUUAGAUAGCAUGCAAGUGGGACCUGCAACAAAAUGUUGCAGCAGGGUGGACUGCUGCUGUCCAGGAUCCUAGCCACUCCACUCUAUUCCACCUGCCUCUGGUUUUUUGUUUUCCCUUCCAAAAGUAAGCAUUUCAUGGUCACUGUCCACACUUGGUUAUCAGUGAAUUGGUUUUAGGAAGUUCCACCUAUAGAUUUUUACCUUAGAGAGGAUGAAGAUGACAACGAUGAUGAUUAUCAAACUUUGAGUACUUCUUUAUUGUGUAUGUGGAUAGGGCCCUUUAGGCCACACAAGCAACAUCAACCACAGCUGGAAUAUCAGCAGUAGAAAGAAUGAUUGGCAAAAACAGAAUGGAAGAUACAGAAACUAGGUACUCAUUUUCAAGGUGUGGAAAUCCCACUGCAGAAGAAUAGCUCAUGGAGGCUUACUUAUAUGGGCUAAAUUAUUUUGUUGAAAGAUGAGAGCUUUCAGAUAUAUUGCUGUAUACUUUUUGGGGAAAAAGAAAUGCCCUUUAGCAGUAAAUUCUGUUCCUACUUAAGUAUUUCUCAACUUUGGUUUCAAGAUUUCAAAUGUGACACAUGCUUUGUUUACAUGUGUCUCAGCUGCUGCCUCCACCCUUGCUCAGUCCUGUCUUUUUUCCACUGCCUAUCUAUGCAUGAUCACCUAAAGGUAUAUAAUACUCCAUAUGUGUGACCCAUGUAAUUCCAAAUUAUGCACAGGCUCCACUGCAAAUGUCCAAGUGAAUGUGUAGAGGACAGGGCUAGUGAAUACAAUUUGACUUUCCUUUUUUGUGCAUCCCCCACCCCCCAACUGUCUGAACAGUGGGAUUUACUUCAAGGUAAGUGUGCAUGGGCUUGCAGCCAUAAUUAGUUACCGGUAGUUAGCUGCUCUGAAAUACUGUGCCACAUCACACCUCAAAAGAGUUGUGCAGAUGCAAUCACUAUUACAUAAAUGUUGGAGUUUCUGCAGUGUAUGUCAGCUGAGUUGAGCAAUAUAUUGCCAUUUCCUACAUUUUAAAUAGUUUUUUUUUAAAUUUAAUGUCUUACAGAUGCCUGGUGUUUUCCUGAUAUGUUUUGAAUGCUGAGCUUGCCUUUCUAACAAUGAACAGUUCAAAACCAUCAGCGUUGCUUGGAACUGGUGUAUUCUCCAAUACUACCUGUCCCACGGAAAAGAAGAUCUCUGUGUUUUUUUCUGUCAUCUUCAUGACAGUGGGGAUUUUAUCCAACAGCCUUGCAAUAGCAAUUCUCAUGAAGGCGUACCAGAGGUUCAGACAGAAAUCAAAAGCAUCUUUUUUGCUUUUUGCUAGUGGCUUGGUUAUCACAGACCUGUUGGGCCACCUCAUCAACGGAACCAUUGCAGUAUUUGUAUAUGCCUCUGACAAAGACUGGAUUCGAUUUAACCAGUCAAAUGUUCUCUGCAGCGUUUUUGGCAUCUGUAUGGUGUUCUUUGGACUAUGUCCCCUUUUUCUGGGCAGUGUGAUGGCUGUUGAACGCUGCAUUGGAGUCACCAAGCCGAUAUUUCAUUCAACAAAAAUGACUUCUAAACAUGUAAAGAUUAUGUUGACUAUGGUAUGUCUCUUUGCCAUUUUCAUAGCUUUACUGCCUAUACUUCAGCUAAGACCUUAUCAAAUCCAGGCAUCAAGGACCUGGUGUUUCUAUAAAACUGAGCACAUUGAAGACUGGGAAGACAGAUUUUACCUCUUACUUUUUUCAUGCUUGGGUUUACUGGCCCUUGGUAUUUCAUUUUUGUGCAAUGCUGUCACAGGGAUUACACUUCUAAGAGUCAAAUUUAAAAGUCAACAUAGACAAGGCAGAUCUCACCAUUUUGAAAUGAUCAUUCAGCUCUUGGCUAUAAUGUGUGUCUCUUGCAUUUGCUGGAGUCCAUUCCUGGUAAGAGGUUAAUUAUUUUGCCAGUUUUUAAAAUGCAUGUUUAAUGUAUGGUGUUUCUCAUUUUUAGCCACACGUUUUAUGAAAAUGCAUAAUGGACAACAGAAAUGGAUGCUCCUGAUAUUAGAACUCACAUUAUUGUUUUCAGUAGCAUAGUCCUAGUGCAGGGGUUGGCAACCCGCGGCUCCGGAGCCGCAUGCGGCUCUUUUACACUUUUGUAAAAGGAUCCUCGGGGACCCUGAGCAGAAAAGCAGAAGCGCCAGAAAGAGGAGGGGGAUGGAGCUGGGCAGCCGAGCCGGGCAAAGCAAGGCGGCGGCGGCAGCGGAGCUUGAGAGGCGGCGGCUGCUGGGAUGGAGGAGGAGGAGUUGGCGGCGGCCGGAGAAGGGCUGCUGCUGCUUCUGCCGCCGGAGGGAAGUUCUGCCAGGCAGCUUCAUGGCUCAUAGCUUCCCCCAGGGUAGGACGGGCGGCGGCGGGGCACGCUCUCCCAGGGCACGCUCUCCCCAGCCCCGCGCGCGAGGCACCUGAGGCGAGGGAGAGAGAGUGCACGCGCUCGAAGGAAAUGGCGGGGAGGGGUUUUUGUGUGUGUGUGUGUGUGUGAGAGGGGUGGCGGUGGUGCUUCGGGAUCCUUUUCCGUGCCUUGCUUCUGAGUGGCCGCCGAGUUGAGGGAGAGCACCUGAGGUGAACCACAAAAUGGGCCCGCCCUCCCUGUCAGGGAGGAAGGGGUGAAUUACAUCAGUGACGAGGAGGGGGUCCAGAGGUAGCCAGCAGGUGCCGUGAUGCAGCAUCUCGGCCUCAGAGAGAGGCGGGGGAGCACGAGAGCAAUUGCAGAGGGAGGGGGGGCUGUUAGGCACCAAAAUCCUGCAUGCGGGAUUUCCCCCGUUCUCUCGUGCCUAUGCAAUUCCUGCCCUUCUCCCUUCCCCCUCGAGAUUUGCUUCAGAGACAAGCAAAUGAAGAAGAAAGGGAAGAGUAUUAGCUGAUAUGUCCCCGGAUCCCAUGGAAAGCACCACAGAUUCCUUUGCUUACCAGCUCUUUUUAUUUUAAGUUGGCUUCAAACCUGUAAUUGUGCAGGUGUAUGUACCGUAUUUUUCGCACCAUAGGACGCACCGGUCCAUAGGACGCAUCAAGUUUUUUUGGGGGGAAAUAAAGGAAAAAAAAUUAUUUCCCCCCCAGGCGCUUGUGGGGCCGGCAGCGGGGAGAAGCGCUCUUCUCCCCGCAGUCCGCCUUCAGAUCAGGUCCGGGGACAGCGGGAAGACACGCUGCGUCUCCCUGCUGUCCCCGGAGCUGGGGCAGGCAGCGGGAGAAGCGCUCUUCUCCCCGCCGCCCGCCUUCACAUCAGGUCCGGGGACAGCGGGAAGACGCGCUGCGUCUCCCUGCUGUCCCCCGGAGCUGGGGGCAGGCAGCGGGGAGCGCUCUUCUCCCCGCCGCCCGCCUUCACAUCAGGUCCGGGGACAGCGGGAAGACGCGCUGCGUCUCCCUGCUGUCCCCGGAGCGUGGGGGCAGGCAGCGGGGAGAAGCGCUGCUCUCCCCGCCGCCCGCCUUGAUAUCAAGUCCGGGGACAGCGGGAAGACGCGCUGCGUCUCCCAGCUGUCCCCGGAGCUUGCGGGGCCGGCGGCGGGGUCUCCCCGCCGUCAGCCUCCAAACCACUUCGGGAGACAGCGGGAUGGCGGCGUUCCGCCUCCCUCUGUCCCCCGACCUUGUGGGGCUGGCGCUGGGGCUCUCCUGAAGCCUGGAGAGCGAGAGGGGUCGGGUCGCACCAAACCCACUCGCUCUACAGGCGUCAGUGAAAGCCGGCAUUCGCACCAUAGGACGCACACACAUUUCCCCUUCAUUUUUGGAGGGGAAAAAGUGCGUCCUAUAGUGCGAAAAAUACGGUAUGUAUACAUAUACACACAUAAAUAUUCAUAUCUCUUCCCUCUCACCUUCCUUUCACCCAUGAUGAGAAAGUUGCACCAGCAGAAGGAAUGGAUAUGUGCUGUUAGUAAAAAGAGAGGGAGUUGAACUGCAGGGAGGGACAGACACUUUUCUAUGUAUUAAUUUGUAUAAUGUCCUCUAUGCACAUGGUGCUUUGCAAAAAAUGGAUAUGAGAGGUACCAUACCCCUCUUUGCUAUCUGAAAUAGACUCAGGGAAAAGAGAGAGAAUGGGGGAAGGGGAAGAAUGUAUGGUUAUUUACAUUUGGCUUGUUUUGCGGCUCCCAGUUUUUCUUCUUCUUUGGAAAUGGGUCCAAGUGGCUCUUUUGGUCUUAAAGGUUGCAGACCCCUGUCCUAGUGGAACGCAGGUCUUUGUAUUUGUAAAUACCAUACAGUUUUCACUAUGAACCCGAUCUAGCCCAAAUUAACGAUUUUUAGAUCCCAUUGUAUGUGGUGUAAAAGUUCUUCUUUGACUAGAUUGCAUUUGCUAUAUAUGUCUUCGAGAUCAGUUUGUGCAAUGCCUUAGUACAGGCAUAAGCAAACUCUGGCCCUCCAGAUGUUUUGGAACUACAAUUCCCAUCAUCCCUAGCUAACAGGACCAGUGGUCAGGGAUGAUGGGAAUUGUAGUCUCAAAACAUCUGGAGGGCCGGAGUUUGCCUAUGCCUGCCUUAGGAUCUUUGAUAAUGUCCUUUUCCACUUAUGGUAGGGUUGCCAUAUUUCAAAAAGUGAAAAUCGGGAUACAAAAGUUGUUGAUCUAUUUUGGUAAAAUCGCAAGAAAUUGAUGAUUUUGAGCUAUUUUAAAGGAAAAGUAUCAAAAACGACAUUGCCAACAUGGAUUGCCAUAUGUACAGAUUUCCAGAUUUCCCCAUACAUUUUUGCUGGUUUAUGCCUGGACACUUCUUCCGACUGCAGUAUUCCAGGUAUGUCUGCAAAAUUCCAGACAUAUGGCAACCCUAACUUACGGUGUCUAUGGUGAGUAAACAUGUAUAAUGGGGUUCAGGGGAAUGGAAUGGUAUUGCACACAUUGUCUCUGGCCAAACCUACUCAUGCUCAUUUGAAUAGUGGGAGAAGCCAUCAUCAUGCAGCUGUACUUGUGUUAGGCUUCCCUUCACCUUGCUUUUUCAGUUGUAUUACAAGAGGCUGUACUACGAACUUCAAAUGACUAUAGGUCGGGUGUGGGUUCUGCUGCCAUAGUCUCAUCCCACUGCAGUGUGUUCUCUCAAAGCAGGCAAUGUCUCAAAAGGGUGUUAAAGACUAAAUGUCAAACAGCUGCACAAGUCUGUGGAUUGCAUGUCUGCUUUAUUUAUUACCGCUGAGGUUUUUGGCAGAAGGAAAACAUAGGUACAACAGAAACAGUCAGUGCACAUUAAAUUCAACAACUUGGUUAUAGGACUGCAUCAUUGGGUAGACUAGCAUCAGAUCAGCAAAAUUUUUGCAGAUGAAAAUACUGUAUUUAAAGGGAUCCAAGAAAAAAAGUAGCUGCGGAAUGCAUGAAAACAUAAAGACUGAUAUUGUAGCAAUGCAGUAAGUUAAAGUUGUGUGAAUAGUUUGGUAAUCCAUAUCACUAUGACUAAAGCAGAAUGAUAUGAGAAUGCAUAAUGGGACUGAUUACAAUGUUUACCAGUAUUUAUAGAGUGCCUUCAUGUACUUUUUCUUUGUAUACAUGUGAGUGAUAGACAGAUAUAGGUUGCAUUAUACUCUUUUUUUAUACAGUAUGUGUGAAAUUUGCAAAAUAAUUCCAAUACUUUAGUGCUUCCUGGUUGUUGCAGAAAUUAAGUUUUUACUAAUUCAUAUCACAUUUAGCUGUGCUUUACAGUGCUGGAGUGUCAGCAAGAGCAAGACAACCAAAGUCAAAUCUAACUUACAAAUAUUCAUGUUGUGUACCUGACUUGGGAAUGAUAUAAGCAGGAUCGACACGGAUGCAAAAAUUAAACUGAUAUGAAAAGGCCCCCUCUUAUUAUAGUUCAAAGCAGAAACAUUUCAUUAAUUACAGUGUACAUUCAACAAGAGAUCAAAAAUGAAGCUAAGGCUGGGAACAAAACAAUGAAUGUGAUGUAAUAGAAGCCUGUUUUUCAUUUAGCUAUGCGUAUUUCUCCUGGAAUGCUAUGGUCUGAGUUAAUAUGCACUAGUCACCUCUUCUUUGUCUCUUUUUUUCUUGAGCUGAUUCCAAUUUUUCUGAACUGAUUCUAAAAAGAGACAGUAGAUACUCUUAAGGAUUAGAGUUUAACCAUUAUAUGAGACUUUUUUUUUUUUAAAGUGCAAUUUAGCAUAAUAGGAUGGAGUCUGUUCAAGCAACUUCUUACACACUGGCUUUGAGUAAGGCUUCUGUGCCUCCUUUUAUACACAAAAUGAGAAUAGCUGUAAUAUAUCACACAGGUUAUACGAAAAUAAAGCAGCUAGCCUAAUUUAAUGGACUUGUUUCUUUUUUUAAAAAAAAGUUUUAUUCGAUUUUAUAAAGAGAGAUACAAAGAUUACAGUGGUACCUCAGGUUACAUACGCUUCAGGUUACAUACGCUUCAGGUUACAGAUUCCGCUAACCCAGAAAUAUUACCUCGGGUUAAGAACUUUGCUUCAGGAUGAGAACAGAAAUCGUGCUCUGGCGGCGCGGCGGCAGCAGGAGGCCCCAUUAGCUAAAGUGGUGCUUCGGGUCAAGAACAGUUUCAGGUUAAGUAUGGACCUCCGUAACGAAUUAAGUACUUAACCCGAGGUACCACUGUACAAAUAUUUAGGGUAAGAAUUAAUAAUUACAUUAUAUUUACAAUGUCAAACUGUUUUAGACAGACUUAAGUGGGAUGCUAUAGAUUGAGGAAUCUGGAAAAACACCUUGCUUUAAAAAGACAAGCUGGAGAUUAAAAUUUAUGACACUGUUAAAUUGAAAUACAAUCGGCACGAGAGGGAUUCUGGAACCUCUACAGAAUGGAUGUGUCCAAUACUCUGACUGUCUGCCGUACAUAAUUGGCACUCAGCUUGAAAAGCUUCUAUUAAAUUUAACUGGACUUCCAAGUAAAUGAGCUGAAAUCUAUGAAACCUGUUGUAUACAGUUCAGUAUCGUUUAUCUUUCCCUUCUACUCACCCCAAAAGUGAAGGCAACUGGCAACUGCAUUCUUCCUUUCCCACAAGAAAUUACCAUAAUAUUUUAGUUCCCUGUGUGUCACAACCAAAGAGGCAAGACUCAAAAAGUUUAAAUGAACUGGGCUAUGUUUGUUCAUAUAUUAAACUGAAAAUAGAUGUAGGCAGAGAAACCAAGAUGUGGGGUCUAACUAAUAACAAAACCUUGCCUAGGCCAAGGGUAGUUCUUCCUCUAUUGCCUCCCCCCUUUCAGGUGAGGUCCCUCAACUCCAAGCAUGGAUUACAGGUUUACACAAAUGUGCUCCAUAACCAUGGCAGCAGGUCCCACAGCUCUGAAUGUGGUUCUUGAGACCACAGCCUUCCUCUGUAAUGGUGCCUAAGAGUGCUCACCAAACCUUAACUAGAUCAUAAUUUCCUGCAUCUACCUGCCAGUGUGGCCAAUUAACUUAUUUAAUGACUCCCCCCACUCGCCACUAAGUACACCCACCACAUCAGUACAGAGUAGAUAAAAAGAAGCCCACCAGCUCAGCCAAUCAGUUGAUGAACAAAUAAAAUCCUGCUUGGUUCCACAAAAGGUGACCAGCAAAAGCAAGCACUGUCUGUUGGGUGGCAGGGUGAGCGGUCUGCUGAACUGGAGGGCAGGGGUUAAAUAGCCCUCACAUCAAUCCUGCCCCUUCCCCAGCAUUGCUGCAGUGUUGAUCUGUAUGCUGAAGCUGCUUGCCAGUCCCCUUCAUUUCCUGAGCGGCUGCAAAAGCUUCUCAGUGCCACAACUGCUUAGGGUCACGACAGGCAUGGGAUUCUUCCAACCCAAGUACGAAAUCACCCUAACCAUUUGAUUCUCCAGGGUCAAAGAGAACCAAGAGAGCUAUGAACCAAAUUUCAGUGACCUUUGGUGCUAGAAGUUGUGGAAUUGUGUACAGCUUAAGCAGUUGUAGUUUUUCUUUUGGAAGCUGUUCAUAUAUCACGUUUUGCAAAUAGUCCUUUUUGUAUAUAUUUUAAAUUAGAAGAACUGGCAGAUCUGCCUUGCUAUGAAAUCGGGCUGGUUAUUUUUCAAGGCCUGUCCUCAUGUAUUCACAAUUAACAAAUUAUAUUUACUGUGCAUGGAGUCAUGGUGAUGAUGACUCUUCAGUCUGCAAGGCUUAUUGUGUGAACUGGUUCUUAAUUUCAGUUCAAUUUAUUGUGAUGGUGAUGGACUUUAGUAAUGCAUGUACGUAAGCAGCUUUCUAUUUAAUGCUAGAAUGCUUAACACUUGGGCUAGGGUGGCAGCUGUCGUCUUUACUUAUUUAUGGCUACAAACUACAAAUCACUGCAGCUACAAACUACAAAUCACUUCAACUGGCUUCAUUCUAUUGAUUUCAAAGGGGAUUAAACCUAUUAAGAACAAAUUCUCAUUUUAAGCAGUUUGAAAUUCGUAGUCUGUAUCCUCCAUGGAUGGCUAUGACAGGCUUAUUUUGAGCACAUGAAAAUGAUAAUCUAGAUUUAUGCCCAUAAUUAUUUUCACAGAAGUGAGUGGGAAUACUUGUGAAUGCAGACUCACACACACCUGCAUAAAUCUAUAGAGGAUUGUGAUCCUAUUUGUAUUUUUCUUUUGGAAGUUAUUAUCUUGAAUUGUGAGUCACAUUUGCUUUAUUUCAAACAACUCAAAAGGCACCACACCAUUUCCCAUUGCUGUAUUACUUUAACUUUAGUUGGAGAGUAAUGAGGUGUGUGUAGACAAUGAAAAUAAAAAUACUGUCAAAAGUUAUUGAGAAUUCGGCAUUGCUGAACCGAAGGAGAUUAGACCAUAUCAGAAAUAGGAACUUUUGUGCUGGAUGAUAACACACCAUAACUUCAAAUAAUCUUCUGUCAGGAAAAUAGAAUUGGUGAGAGGCAAAUAAUUCAGUGUUUAGGAAGCAAGAACAAAGGAGCCCAAGAUGAAAGAAUGUCCUCUAAGUCUUUUUACAAUUCCAACCGUGCACUAUUGUCAGUUUUCUCUAUGGGUAUAACUGCAUGCAGGAAUAUUUUGGUGAUAUGCAAAUUGCUUGAGUAACAAGGUUCGUUUAGGUUCUUUCCUACUUCUAAGUACGCAGUUGCUUUGCAAAUUGCUCCACCUAGGGUGGGAUUUGCUGACUUCUCUUGAUGGGUUCAUGAGCAAAGUAGCUGAUACAGUUACUGAGUCUAGGUGCAGGGAGAUCUGCAGAAAUAACCAUUAUUCAGUUUUCCUGUAUUGCACUUUUUUAACAUGUCUGUGGAGCUCAUUGGAAAUAAGCAUCAGCACAGUUGGUGGGAUGUAGUGUGUAUGGAAAGGGGAGUAGUGAAAUUAGUAGUGCUUGAUCCACUCUCAUUAAAAAGCAGUCCACGCACCUGCUGUCGUAAGUGGAUUGGUUUGGGGCCAUAUUUUUCAGAAGUUAUAGAAUUAUCCCUGGAUUGGGGAAGUUGAAUUUACAGCUUGAUAGGAGCUGUUUGAGGGGUGUGUGUGUGCCACGUGGACGACACUACUUAAAAGGGAAACACAAACACACAGUAAACCCAGGUGUAGACAAACCCUUAGAUGCUUCACAUAGGAACACAGGAUGCUAGCACUAGCUCAGUGCUGUUAACAUUGACAGGCAGCAGUUCUCCAGGCUUCACAGAAUUACCAAGCUUAGAUAGAAAUAGGGUUACUUAAGAGCUAUCUAUAAAAAGGAAUUGUACCAUUAACCAAACCACUUAAAAGGAACAGGAACCUCUUUGGCAACCCCGAGUCUGUUGAUACACAAAAGGGACUUGUAUUAAAUGAUACAUUUUUUUUUUUACCCCCUUGGAACCUGGUUUGUUCUACUUAUUUUCUCUCGCCUUCCUUAUAUAGGUACCUUUUCUUGACAACAUGACACACAUGGGUUGAACUCAUGAAGAUAGCCUUUUUCCUACCCUGGGAGAAUGGGUGCGGCAAGGCCAAGCAGGAUUGCAAUCUUGCCUUUAGCACACAUUGGUUGGUGGUUUUGUACAAUGAAGGUUACUGAAUCAAACUAACGUCUAUAAUAAAUAAUGUAAUCUUCAAUGAUAAGUAAUAGAACCUGGUGAAGCUUGCGCAUUACAAUAUUAGAAAAGUCAGAAAGAUCCUGGUUCUAUAUUUGUUUUUGCUUUUCUGUUAAUGUUGACAUGCUAAUGUGACAAUAACGCCAAUGCUGAUAAAACUUUUUUUUGAAAGGGGAAUCAAGAUUUAAAGCUGAAAGUCUAAAUUUGCUUACUUUUGGGGUCUUCUGCCGCUGGCCAGCUUAUUAGGGGUACAUAGCAGAAUUGAAAAUGUACCUAGCAGUGGUCUUCAGCUGCUUAGAAUGAGCACAGCAGUGAUGUUUUCAAUACUUUCUUCUUAACUACAAGGGUGUUAGACAUUCAUUAUGAUUUUCAAAUUAAAAGCAAAGUUCAAUGAACUCCAAACAGAUGUCUUCCGGCUAAGAUAUUUUUAAAAAAUGCUUUGUGUACCAUCAUGUUGUCUGGCAACUUCAAAUCCGCGCGUCUAGGUUUUAAAACAAACAGAAAUGAAUUUGCAAACAAUGUUAUAUGAGCUAAUUGUCAAAUGUUGUUACUCUUAUUUAAUAUUUCGGUAUUCUUUCUUUUGACUGUGAAGUCAUUGGGAAUGACAUUCGUUUUUAAUAUGCUAUCUGUGUAGGAUAAAAGUAAAAUGGGGUUUCAGCUGAAGGAUUCAUUUAAAGUAGAGGUCCUAAGCAAGUCUUAUUUGGAUGUUUUGUUGAAAUCAGAAGGUCUCCCCAGUAAUUGUGUGUUAGGUAUAUUUUAUGUUGAUUCAUUUCCAGUUAUGGGAUUGUUGCAUUUGUCCAUGUAAACCACCCUCCAAACACUGCUGGCCAUCAGUUGAAGGAAAUGUAGUGACAUACCCACUCAAAGAGGUUCAUUAAUUGGGAUUUGUGCAUGUGUUUGGUGGCUUAGUGCUUGGAACUGGACUUCAUAUCUUGUCAUGUAAUUCUGAAAGGUUCUCUUCCAGAUUUCAUAUGUGAGCUGAUUUAUUUCCUUGUGUUAUUUUGAAAUGUCACAUGCAGAAUUCCAUAAUGUUUAUAAUAGUACUGUUUUGUUAUCUAAACAGCCCUGUUCCUAUUUUAUUUCUCUUUCCCACUGAUCUGUUAAAAGCAGUUUUAUUUCACAAUAUGGUUCCAUCUGACUCAUUUUUUUGGGGAACUAAUACCUCCAUUUGUAGGAAGACUGGAGAGCUCAUUGACUAAUACUUUAGUGUUUUUGUGUUUUUUCAUGGGAGAUAUUCCAGUAACAAAGUUAAGAGAAUGAAAAUGCCCUGAAGUCACAAGUAAUGGAGAUUUCUAUUUCUUUUGAAUUCUGUGUAGAAAAUAUAAUCAGAAGAAGAAGAAGAAACCUUCUCAUUACAAGUCUUUUCUUACUUUGUUAUUUUGAAGUGUCCCAAGAGCUCUUGUGCAUCAGCAGUUAUUUAGUUGGGAUUGCAGAGAGAGAAAGAGAGAGAGACAGAAUAAUAUGGUGGUGGAAUGGAAAAGAAUGCAUUUGAGGAAAGAUCUUAUUCAACUAUUCAACAUUGCUCUUUUGUGAGAGGACCUAUUUUUAAAAAGGGAAAAACCCAUUAAUUUGAGAUGAGAAAACCCCAAAAGUAAUUACUACUAUCAUUUCUACUAUGUGGUUUAGAUUAAUAUUUCUAACAAAAUCCUAAUUAUGUGCUACCUAUUAGGAAGUGAACUUUAUUUCUGACCAAAAGAGGGAAUCUUUUAUGUCAAAACUCUGCAGGGUCUGACACUUUCUACUUGUGGUUUUCAAAGAUUACUAUCGCUCAUGUUCUCUUAUUACUUUUUCACGCCUUGUUUCUUCCCAACUUUUUAGAAAAAGAGAAAUGGUCCCAUUUGUUGUUAUUAAUAACUCCUAGUCUCAUUGGAAAGUGAAGAUAAAUUGUACUUGGAAUACAUUUCCUAACAGAAGGAGAAUUUCUUUACAAUUCUUAAUAAUGGAUAAUUUGGCAUUAGUUAUGGAACAUUAUUUUAUUUUUUGUAUGGUCCUGGCUUGUCAAUAUCUGAUAGCUUUGGACUAGUAAUAAUUGUAAAUCAGGUGACUUACUAGUUCACCCCUCCUUCUUUUCCUAAACUACAAAUGACUGUGGAUAGGUAGACAGCUCCAACAAUUGUGGACUAAUGGCCUUUGUAGUCCUAUUUAUAUGCAAUUUCAUUCCAAAAUUUUGUUUUUGGGGUAGAAUAAAAUUCUGCAAUGAAGAAUACUUGGGAAUUCAUGGGCUUAAUUGAAGUUUAUGGACCUAACUUAGUUCAUUAUUUUAUUAUUUUCAAUAGAUCUGCCGUGAGUAGAAUUUAGUUGGACAUCACCCAAUAUAUCCCACUGAAACCUAUGAGAUUUAAAUGUGCUUAACUUUAGCUGGUAUCCUAAGGGUGUGGUUCAAACACAUCUGUGCUGGAUUUGGAGGUGUCCCUCUGCCCAACCUUGCUGGGCCCUGCCUGCAAAGUGAAGUUGGCAUUAUUCUACUGAUGCAAAACACCACACCCACCCACAUUAUGUUCACUGAACAUGUGGGUGGGCAGAAAUGCUGCAGCUGGGAUGCCUGAUGGUGCCUGAGCUCAACUCCACUACCAUAAUUGUUGUUCUGCUAGUUUGUUGCUCUGCUUGGUAGGAUUGCACCCUAAAUAAGUGUUACCUAAUGGGCAUAGAUAUUCCACUAGUGCCAAAUAAUUCAUCCCCUGGCUCCAUGGGAUUUCUCAGUCUCUGAAAUGAAGGUUAAGAUGUUGUCUGAGUAGGUUUAAUUUCCCCCCCUAGACCAAACUUUCUUUCACCAGCUUGCGUAAUCUGAAAGAAUGUAAAUUGGAUAUUUUAUACUAUUUCUCCUCAGAGAGUAGAAAUGUUAAAUUAUGCUAUUUUUAAUGAGACAAUUAAAAUGCUAACCAUAUUCUCACCAGUAACUUUAGAUAGCCAAUGGAGCAAAAUAGUUGAUUUUUCUGCAAGUGCCUGCAUGAGGAAUAAAUAAAAUUGCACAUUUUUUUUGCACUUCCCAGUUAUAAAUUUACCAGCAUGCUACAGCUGGCCUAUAUACAACUGAAAGUUUACCAGUAGAAAUAUAUUAUUACUGUAAUUUCUUGCCAUUGCUAGUUAGCUCUCCCUGCACUAGGAAGUAAAAACUGAAUGGAAGAAACAUGAGUAACAUGUUGUUUAUACGAGUUAUGUGUAUUUGUUGCACUAAGGCAUGCCUCUGGUGGGAAGACACAUGACUUAUUCCCAUCUAGGAAUAUUUGGAGGAUCUAUAUUUGGGAUAGUGGGAAACGAAAAGUCCAGUUUCAGACAAUGUUGUAGCCUUAGUUCUGGGUAUUGCAAAUUAGCUAUUUGCCGAAAGGGUUGUAAGGACUCUUAUCUCUUGUUAGCUUUUCCUUCCAGGUUGAGCUCUUCCAGAUUAUUUUGUUUGUUCAUUCAUGUGCUCACCAAAAUGACUUUAAAUUAUGAAGACUAGGGUAGUCGGCUUUUGCUUUACUGUUCCAGUUGUGCUUUCUUGUAAUUAAUCUUCCUGGUUAAUUGAAGGCUUCCAGGCUUUGUUAUAGUGUUCUCUGAAGGGAAGAGGGAAGGGGCUGUGUGUAUGCAGGCACAAGGUUGCUCGUAUUUUGGAUGAUACUACUUAGUAUCAAAUAGUGUAGAAAAACACUGAGGAUACUUAGUGUUUUUCUGUACAAUUUGUGUCUAUUCUUGUGCCAAUAAACUACAUUGUAAUAAGCUACUGGACCCAGGAGUAAAGAAGUAAGACAGAAGGGAUGGGUUUGAAAUACAGUGGUACCUCGUGUUACAUACUUAAUCUGUCCUGGAGGUCUGUUCGUAACCGGAAACCGCUCAUAACAUGAGGCAUGCUUUCACUAAUGGCGCCUCCUGCUGCUGCUAUGCCGCCAGAGUGCGACUUCCGCUCACAUCCCAGGGCAAAGUUAGCAACAAGGGGCAUCUACUUCUGGGUUAGUGGCGCGUGUAACCCAAAGCAUUUGUAAGGGGGACGGUACAUAACACGAGGUACCACUGUAUGGUGUAGGAGUUAGAGCGUCCAAUUAGAACUUGGGAGACUAGGGUUCUGCCUCUCAGACUAAUCUGACAGUUUUAUCCCUACAGAGUUGUUGUGGGAAUUAAAUGGGAUUUGGGAGAACCAUGUACUGUAUUUAACCUUGAGCUCCUUAGUGAAAAAGGCUUGAUAUAAAUACACCCAUACCUUGGUUCUCGAACAGAAUGCAUUCCGGGAGUCUGCUCGACUCCCAGAACUGUUUGAAAACCAAGGUGCAGUUUUCAAUGGGUUGCAGGAGCGUCCUGCAGCCAAUCAGAAGCUGCAGAAGUCACAUUGGAUGUUCAGCUUCCGGAAAUCAUUCAGUGGCUCCCCAUCUGUGGUAUGCUCUUCCUAGGGAGGUUUGGUUGGUGUCUUCAUUAUAUAUCUUCAGGUGCAGGCGAAAAUGUUUCUGUAUAACCAGGUCUUGUCUGAUUAACAUUCAAUGUCAUUUUAAAUGUGUUUGUGAGAGGGUGUGGGAGCUAUUGGUUUGGUUUUUGUCUUUUGUUACAUAUUUAUGUUCUCAUUUUGUAUUUUUAUGUUGUGAUCUUCAAAUGAAGGGCAGUAUACAGAUUUAAUAAAUAAACAAAGAGAAGAUUGGGAACCUAACUUAAUUUCAAUCUUGGUGAGCCAAGCUGUGCCCUUCCAAGGCAUAUGUUAUAGCAUAGACCCAAAGCCUUAUGGUGAGUAGGGAGGCCUUCCUGUCCCACCCCCUCCUGGAUCCCACAACUCUGGGCAGGUGUGCCAGAUUAGUCUCAAUAACAUUCCAUAUCCAGGCUCAGGGCCUCAAAACCCAGAGUUGUCUCUGAAAAUGCCCUUCACUUUCAAAGGUGCAUAAGGGUGCUCACAUGCCACACCUCACCACAGCCUUUCCUGCAUCUGCCUGCCAACCAUGUGACCAACUUAACCAUGAAACCAACUUAACCAACCAACCUAUUGGGUUGGGGCAACUGGCUAAAAUAUUUUGACAUGUUUUAAAUGGUUGUAAUUUUGGUCCCUCUGUUUUGUUUUUGUUGUGUUGUGUUUGGUUAAAUGUUUAGUUGGUGUUGGUGGUUAUUUUAAUUUGGGUAUAACUGUAAAUGUCUUCUUCUUCUUCUCCUCCUUCUUCUUCUCCUCUAUUAAUUUAUUGGUUUAUUUAUAAUCUGUAUAAGAUAUUCUGUUUUUUAAUGUUUGAUGUUUUAUUACGUUUUUAUAUAUGCUGUAAACUACCCAGAGUGGCUGGAGAAACUUAGAUAGGUUGGAUUAAUUUUUUAAAACAACAACAACAACAACAACAAUUCAACCUAAACACCAACCCCCUCUGAACCCAAUACAGACUAGGUGAAAAAACCUGCUUACCUGUGGAGGGUUGCAAAACACUCCUACUCAGCUACAAAGUGACUGGCUAUCUUCAGUGCUAUUUUUCUAGAAAAAAAGGUGCUGGAACUCACCAUGAACACCUCCUUUGUUCUCUUAGAAUGGCAAUGGUGUCCACCUGAGAGGUUCUGGCUGAAAAUAAAGCACUGGUUAUCCUAUAUUAAAAAAGAGGAUGGGUUGGGUAAGACAAAUGUCCCAAAGAGGCAAUUUAGGGGCCUGGUCAAAGCUUAUAAAGCCAAUGACCCCCCACCCACCCCAGGAUGAUAGUCUCUCCAUCCAGAAAAAUGCUCCCAGACACAGAGUUUCACAGCUGGCAGGAGUGGACUUAGAUAAUAACAUACUAGCUGUAUGGCAGUGCCAGAAAACAUGAGCUGAUCCAUAAGAACAUGCAUAUGGAUUCAUUGCAUGUAAUCAUAUGCACAGAGAAAAAUCAUGGUUUGGAUGUGAUGCCUGUUCAAAGCUACUCUCAAAUAUGGGGCAACACAUUCAGGGGUGUUUUAUGCACUGACUUCUGAACUUUCAUGACUAAACAGGAUGUGGCCAUAGACGUGUGCAUACUCUAAGGAAUGAUUUGUAGUUUGCCUUGCAGUCUUUUUGGAAAUCUCAACUUUGCACUCUCACAAAUCUGGCAGUCAGCUCAGAGCCAUCAUGUCAAACUGAUUCACUGCACUAGCAUCUUGAUGAAACUUGCACACAGAUUUGCCAGCUAUUUUCCCUUGGUCUCAAUCAGUCCUUAUUGCCUAAGACUAAACAUAAAUAUUUUUCUCAGAUGCAAUGCUUCAAUGAUUUAAGCAGUUAUACCCUAAUGAAAUUAUAACUCUUAACUCUAAAGGCCCUGCUAUUUCGUUGCAUUUAGUAGAAGUAAUGGGAUUUCAAAGUCAAUAGCCUGUGUUUAUCUGUUUGUCUUUUUUCAAACUGAUUUUGAUCUGAUGUGAUCAAAGCUGGUGUGUGGCUAAUCUAACUGUUCUGCAUGGAAUGUAGCUAAAGUAAGUCAUGAUGAGCAGCUUUUAAAACUAAUGGAAUAAGCUAAUCAUGAUUAAUGGGAUUCUAGAUGGAUUGGGCUAAUUUAAGUGCCCAGAAAGGUUAUCCAAAGCAGGCUUUGACUUUUGAAAUAGUUAUAUGGAUUUUAAAUUCAAUCCCAUCUCCUUAUUCUUUUGAAAUGCAUCUGGAUAGAUCUCUACAUCACUUCAUUGUGUUCCAAGGAUUUGAGUUACUCAGCCAUGACCUAUAAAUGUGUUCUGACUCAUUAUCUUUUUGUACCACUGCAGGCAUUGGUUAUGGGAAAAUAUAUUGCUGAUGGGGGACUUUGCAAACAUAGCCUUGUUUCCCUUUCUCUCUAAGCACCUUCUUGAACAUUCUUACAUUGGUAGGAGAGAAUAUUACAUGGCUUCACCACAUGAGGAGAGUUGAUUUAAGAGAGUUUUGCAUUUGUCAGUGGCUAGAAAAAAUUUCAUUGCUCUUGUAAUUUACUUUGGGAAUUACUUUCUAAUGCUAUGAUUUUAUUGAUUAUAGUAAUAGUACAUCAACCCAUUUUCUGAUCCCUCUUAAAUGCAUUGGUCCUCAGCAACUAAUUUCUUUUUUUGAAAGAUGUGGCAUCAACACCUGGGACCAUGGCAAGGUCCCCUGGAAUUGAUAGGUGUCUUGGGACGUCUGUGCUCAGUGACAAACACAGAACACCCAAUGUCGGUGUCACUGAGGGGAAUUUAAUGUGGCAACUUGGCACUACCCACAAUUGUUGCCAGAUAAGACCAUGGCAAUGGAGCUCAUCAUUUGAGAAGAGCCAACAACAACAACAGCAACAACUUAUUAUUUGUACCCCACCCAUCUGGCUGGGUUUCCCCAGCCAUUCUAGGUGGCUUCCAACAAAGAUUAAAAAUAUAUUAAAAUGUCACACAUUAAAAACUUCCCUGAACAGGGCUGCCUUCAGCUGUCUUCUAAAUGUUAGGUAGUUGUUUGACAUCUGAUGGGAGGGCGUUCCACAGGGCGGGAGCCACUACCGAGAAGGCCCUCUGCCUGGUUCCCUGUAGCUUUGCUUCUUGCAAUGAGGGAACUGCCAGAAGGCCCUCGGCGCUGGACCUCAGCGUCUGUGCAGAACGAUGGGGGUGGAGCCGCUCCUUCAGGUAUACUGGGCCGAGGCUGUUUACGGCAUAUAUUAAUAUGCCUUUUCUAAUAAUCAUAGGAUGCAAAUUAGUACAAAUCUAUUUUCUUCAGCACUAAUGGAAUGGAAACGUGAUUCAAUUAAAAGAGACUAUUAUUACUGGUAUAAUUUUAAUUUAAAAUUCUUGGAUUUCAGGGCAAAAAGCAUGUUGCUUUUUAAGAUAACCAGAACAUACCUGUACCCAUGUCCAAAAGAAGCAUUAAACAUGAUAUAUUGAAUUCCAAUUAAUUCUAAAUGGUUGAACACAUAAGAUUCUUCACUUUAAUGGAAACAGAUGAAUUUUAAGAUUAGUUGAAUAAACAAGGAGUUGAGUGGUUCACGGGAAGGUUAUAAAUCUUUAUGCAAUAAAUAAAUCAGCUUCUGCUUCUUUAUGUGACAUCUCAAAUCACAAAUCUUCAUCUGGAGCCAUAUUAGGAUGUAAUAGAUUCUCAUGUACACAGAUGGUUAUACAUAGACUGGAAUGCCUAGCCAUUCCUAUAUUACGUUGGCGAUAUCUGUUCAGGAUAUCAUUUCAAAUUAUAUAAUUUUUGAAUUGUAUACCAAUUUUAACUCUUAGUAAGAGUAAUUAGGUUUGCAUGAUUAAGUACUAAUUGGUAAAAUGAGGUUUGUAGCAUGGAAUUUUGAGUAAAUAAAAUGGGAAAUGCUCCACUAAGAAAGGUAGCAUGCAGAAAUCAAAGGAGUUAGCAAAUUUUAGGUGAGUCAAAGAAGGUACCUAGUAGAUGCAGGUUUGGAGAAAAGCAGGUUUGGAGAAACUGGGAAAGCUGUUUAUGCUGGCACACAGCUUGGUCAUUUCUCUGAUGCCAGUACCCAGCCAACCUUCUCCCAUUCUGCCUAAUUCUCUGUUUGCACCAAAAUUCAUUGGUCUGUGAUAAAUCACUCCUUUAACAUCAUGCUAGCUUUUCCAUCCCUCCACUAACUUUCAGGCAGAUCUAGUGAGUUUAUUUAUUUUGUUUCGAUCUGUUUGUAUGCCAGCUAAUUCAUUAGUUUUCAGAUAUUCAGCAGUUUUCAUUAUUCUGAAAGCAAAUUAUAACAAAGUCUUUAGAAUGAAAGAUGAUUAAUAUGGCUAUAUUAGAUGAUGUGUUCUGAUAUCUAAUAGAAUUUAUUUCCUUUUGCAGGUGACCAUGGCCAAUAUUGGAAUAAAUGAAAAUCAUUCCCAGGAAUCCUGUGAAACAAUCCUAUUCGCUCUCCGAAUGGCAACGUGGAAUCAAAUUUUAGAUCCAUGGGUAUACAUUCUCCUGAGAAAAGCUGUUCUUAAAAAACUCUACAAGAUUGCCAGGAGAUUUUGUGGUGUGCAUUUUAUUAACUUGCAUACGUGGGAACUUAGCUCCAUUAAAAAUUCUUUGAAAGUUGCUGCAGUUUCUGAUUCACCAAGCAGUUCCAAGAAAACAAAUCAGCAGCUACUCAGUUCAGCAGUGCAAUAAAAUGAAGCAUGUAGAAUGAUGAAAUGAAUGGGUAAUGGUGGUUAAGCUGCUCAAAAAUUGGUACAGUGUGAAUGGGCUGGGGUUUUUCCAUCUCUUCAAAACAGGAAAACUGGCCCAUUUCUGGAAAUGUAACAAUAUGGAGCUGCUGGUUACCUUCCAAAGACUGCUAUUUCUGUGACCGGCCCAUCAAACCUGGGGCUGAAGACUUGUGACCCUAUAAGAUAACAGAAAAGCAUAUAUGUUCUGUUAAAAACAGAACGUUAAGCAUAUAAGAUGAUGCUGGCAGCUUUGGAAAUACUUUUGAAUGAAAGAAUAUUGUUCAAUGUUCUUAGGAAAAAGAAAAGAAGCAAACAAAUACCUUACUGUUGAAAGUGGCAAUGAAUUUGUUUGUUAAGCAUAACUUGGAAGAUGCGCCUUGCCUUGCAAGUAUAACUGUUCCACAUUUUCUUGAAAAUGUAGCACUCAAAUUUGAAAGGCAUGCAUUGUAGAAGGUCAGUUUUUUGGGGAAGGGACUCAAGACCUUGCAAGCUGAACUUCUCACAACUUAAAAAAAGAAGUCCACAGAUAAAAGGAGCUAGAAACAAACCUGCAAGAGUCAAUACACUUAUUUAACUGUUACAAUCCAGGAAAUCUACCCUGCUACGUUAAAGGCUAAUAAUUCACCAGAUAUAACAGCACAUUUACGUUUCAAUUAUAACCACGUGAUUAUGAAAACCACUUGUUAAGUAUGGUGAAACUUCAAAAAUGCAUUUACAUAUUAAAAAAAACCACCACUUGUGACAUAUGUGCCAAAUGUUAAUUUUAAUCAUUCAAACUGAGGUCAGAAUCAAGUAUGUAGCAAUAUUCAGGUGUGGGUUGUUGUUUCUUAAAAAAACAAAAAGUGGUUUAUACAAAUAUGAGAAUUGCAACACACUUGGGUUGAGCUGAAAUAAGAAUAAUUGUAGCACAGAAUUAUGUAGAUUGAAUUUAAAAGAAAAUAGUAGUGCAGAGCAUACUGAGCUUGGCAAAUCCUUUGAUUAGCCAAUGUUUCAGCAAGAGGUUGGAAGAGAAACUAGUUAGGAUGAAGGGAGUGUGGUUUCCAUUCCAUAAGCAAAGGACUUUACAGAGACUCGGGAAAGCUUUUAUUAAGAAUGUAAUAACCUGUCUGCUUAAUAAUCAGCCUUAAAUUUCUGAGAUCUAGUAUCAUAUUGUUUAAGAUGCCAGGCCCGUGCAGUACUGCAUAAAUAUUUCAAGCCCCAUAACAUUCCUAGGAUCUCAGGCAACUAAGUGCCUAGGAUUUUUCCUGCCUUGUAUAUGCUUUCACAGGUUUGUUUGUCUUUUAAUGAGAAAAGAGUAGUGAUGGGUAAAGCAGAGAUGUUAAAUCUGCUCCCACUAUUUGUCUGCAAGCAAAAGUAAUUUGUGAGUAGAAUACUCAGAAACAUUUGUGGGUAUUCUUACAGAAGUCACAAGCCAGGCCUGUCAUAGCUUCUCUCUUCUUUUUUUGUAAAAGAAAAAGAAAAAGAAAAUAUGCCUGAAAUAGUACCACUUGAUGCUACUGCUGCUAUUGCUAUUACUCCUCCUGCUCUUGAACCUUGCACAGUGCUAUACAGAAAUAGCAUCCUGCAAAAAGCUUAUAGACUACACUAGACAAACGAAACAGAGUUUUGCAGAGCUUAGGGCCAAAUAAUUUAAGACUUGUAAUAUCAAAUGGAGCCCACCGACCAUUUAUUGUGUCCUUGUCAGGUGACUUCCUGUUUUUGUAUCCAAACAGGCAGCAUAAUUGAUGUGACCAGGAGCUUUAAUCACCUUUUAUCUCUGAAUGCUGGUGGGUUGUAUUUGCUCUGGUUAGACACCUGCCUUGGUGGCUCCUACAGGUUGUGCAGGCGUAGUAAAGAUGGAGUGACAGGGUUAAUAGAAGGUGGAGAAAAUAGCAUUUUGUUAAAAAAAACCCAUUGAAUUGUCAUAUGAAGGGGUCAUUAGCACUUCUAUCACAGGCCCUGGAACACACUAGGCUUUAUUUGUUGAUAGAUUACAAUAGGGCCUUAAUACCAAAUCAAUGCUAGCACUCUCUAUGGUGCCACUGAAAUAACUUGGUGAGUCAAAUGUAAAAUUGGACAUUUUAUUGUACAGGUCACAAUGUCGGCAUUUAAUAAAUUCCUUCAGUUUUUCAUCCUUCUGGGCAAGAAGUUUGCUUCAGUGACAGCAGACUGAUGUUCAACCAUUCAAUUGUGGAAAUGCUUGACUAGAAAAAAAAAGCAUUAAAAGCAUUAUUUUGUCAUGUGAAUAAAUGUUAUGUAGAUAUUUUUCUUGUGGUUAAUGGUUUUUAAAAAAUGUAUGUAUAUUUGUUUUCUUCUAUGUAUUGAUACAGAAUGAAUGAAUGUAAGAUGCAGUGCCUCAUUUAAACUUAUUGCUAUGUGACUAGAGCAAUGAUUCUUUUGGAGUGGUUCUCAAGUGCUGAGAAAAGUCUAUGCUGUGAAAGUCAUAAGUAUUAGAAACAGUCUGGGUAGCUUGUACGGUUUAAAGUUGUUCACUAUGUGCUUGUAAAUAAAGUUUGCUUCUUUUGAAGCUUUGUCCUUGGACAAAAAAAGAGAGUGUAGUAUUUAAUUUAUAUACUGUUUCACAUUUCAAGAGAACUCUCUAAGCAUUCUACAAAAUCACUAUAAGAAAUACAAUAUAGCUUUCGCAUUCAAAACCAC